AUGCCAGAACAGAAUUCGGAAAGCGAGGCGCUCCUUAGAGCAGAGGAAUUGCUUCCCCCCAAUAUACUAGACACUUCAACUGGUGUGGAGGGAAUUGUGGCUAAUGAGAUUGCCACCGAAAAUGAACUGACUAAUCGUGUGGAACCUGAAGUAUCCUCAACUUAUGGCGCCGCUUCACAGGCAUCUGAAAAUGAGGAGAACGUAGGCACUUCUAGCUCUCCUAGUGUCUCACUAAGAAGAAAAAAAGUCAAGAAACGUAAGAGUGAACAGUUUGAUGCUUCUGGCUAUGCCGUCCCUCCCCCACAAUUGUAUUUCAUCCUGGGGUCAAUUUUCAUGGGUGCCUUUCUGGCAGCUUUGGAUUCUACGGUGGUGACAACGUUGUUGACGGUGAUAUCCUCCGAUUUGGAUGCCCUUCCAAAGUUCUCCUGGAUUGCAACAUCAUAUUUACUCGCAAUGGCUGCAUUUCAACCACUUUUCGGCAAAUUGAGCGAUAUAUUUGGAAGAAAGUGUCUGCUUAUCCUCUGCAAUCUGCUUUUCUCUUGUGGAUGUCUUAUCUGUGCAUUGCCCAAGCAUUUUGGAGGAACAUUCACCACUUUAAUCGUGGGGAGGUUUCUCACCGGACUGAGCUCUGGUGGCCUAACAACGCUUGGUACAAUCGCCAUGUCAGAUUUGAUCUCGUUGCGUAAGAGAGGUAUUUUUCAAGGUAUUGCCAACAUCUUUUUUGCCCUAGGAGCCUCCACUGGUGGACUUGUUGGUGGAUUCAUAUCUGAUGCAUAUGGUUGGAGAUGGGUAUUCUUAGGACAAGUGCCAUUGGCCUUCAUUGGGGCAGUGGUGGUAUAUUUGUUCAUGAACUUGCCUUCAGGAUCUCUUGGAUUAGGUGCACAAGACACAGAUACAAAAUCCAAGUUAAAAAGAAUCGAUGUACUUGGAAGCGUCACUCUAAUCACUGCUCUGGUAUGUGCGAUGCUGGCAGCAGAUCUAGGUGGACAGAAAUUGCUUUACAAGACGUGGUCCUUUGCAGCUCUGGUUACGGGGUUUGUGGCUUUUUCAUUGGUAUUUGCCUAUGUUGAACUUUACUCCGCUACGGAACCCAUUGUUCCUGUCCGAUUACUUGCCAAUAGAACAGUUCUUGCCUCAUCUCUGGCUAACUGGUUUGGUACCAUGGCAGGAUUUACUUGUCUUUAUUAUAUUCCAAUUUAUUUUACAACUGUUCUGGAGUUUUCGUCCACUGAGAAUGGAUUACGGUUUGUACCCUCCGUCUUUUUGGCUUCUUUAUCGUCAGUUGGGGCAGGGUUCUACAUGAAAUUGACAGGGAAGUACCUUUGGUUUGCAAUUGUGACCUCGUUUUUAUCGAUAGUGGGCGUUAUUCAUGUGGCAUUGAUUACUCCAACGAUUCCAGUUUGGGAUCAGUAUUCCCUACUAAUAUUACCUUACUGUGGUUAUUCUGCCAUGUUGACUGUAACUCUUCUGGCGCUAAUAGCCGCAGUACCUCCAGAACAACAGGCAUCCUCCACUUCCAUCCAAUACGCCUUCCGUUCGACAGGGUCAACUUUAGGAAUGUCCCUGGCUUCUGCAUUUUUUCAAUCAGUGCUGAUUCGGAAUCUUCCUACCAGGUUGCAAGACGCAGCUCCUCCCGAUGUUUCCCCCAAAGUUCUGAAAAAAGUGAUAAAGAAUGCUUUAAGUAAUGGUGAGUAUGUGAGAGUUGCUCCAGAGUGGGCCAUUAAUCCCAUUAAAAGCACGUACGAAUCUAGUUGUAAGGCUGCCUUCUUAUUUGCACUGGUAACCGUGACAUUGGGAUUUAUCAGUAUAUGUUUUGUUAAAGAACAUAAGCUACACACUAAUAUUGCUAGAAAAUAG